CUCCCCGCAGGCCGCAGUUAACAGCUGCCCAAAGGCCUCUUGUGCUGCACUAGUGCGCUGUUCGUCUUCAGGCCAAGCGCUGCCUUAUCACCCUGACCUAAACUAGGGACUGCUCUGGGCUUCCCCUGCGCCGUAGCCUCUCCUCCGGCACGAAGGCAGCAGACCCCUCGCACCAGCCCCAGGCAUCCCGGGCCCUGAGCCGGAGGAGGGCGGGCUCUGCCGCAGCCGCUCACCUGCGGAGGCGGCUCCUCCGCCCGGGGCCGGCCCUGCCCGAACAUGCGCUGAGGCUCGCCACUGCCGCUGCUUCACACCAUGCGAGGUGACUGCGGCUGCCGCCCGCGCUGGGGAACAGCAGCGCUGCCAGCCCUCGGUCCCGGUCUCUCCUCUCACAGCCUCUGGAGCGCUUCGCGACGCCUCCAUGGACUCCAGCGCGGCCAGCGGCGAUGCCCGGUCACCUACGUCAGACCUCAACGUGGCACUGCGUGAGUGUAUGGCAGCUUUGGAUUUAUUUCUUAACAACAAGUUCUCAGACGCUUUGGCUUCUUUACAAGGAAAAACCAAAGACAGCAUGUAUCAUGCCCUGACUUAUGCCACCAUAUUGGAAAUGCAAGCUAUGAUGACAUUCGAUCCUCAGGACAUAUUAAAUGCUGGGAACACAAUGAAGGAAGCUCAAGCCACUUGUCAAAAAUUUAGGAAGAAAUCUACAGUAGCUGAUUCCAUCAACAACCUUGUGCAUAGACAAAGCCUUGAACACUUUACUGAAGAGGAAAUCCAUGCAGAAAUUUGCUAUGCUGAAUGUUUACUUCAGAGAGCAGCACUCACGUUCCUCCAGGAUGAGAACAUGGUUAGCUUCAUCAAAGGAGGCAUCAAAGUCCGAAACAGUUACCAAACAUACAGGGAGCUGGACAGUCUCAUGCAGUCUCCACAUUAUGUCAAGGGAGAAAACCAUCUUCAUUUUGAGGGAGGCGUAAAGCUUGGAGUUGGAGCAUUUAAUCUGACAUUGUCCAUGUUUCCUGCACGGAUUCUGAGACUAUUGGAGUUCGUUGGAUUUUCUGGAAACAAGGAGCGUGGUCUGCUGCAGCUUCAAGAGGGAGCAUCAUCAUACAGCUUUAGGUCGGUGCUGUGUACCAUGCUGUUGCUUUGCUAUCAUACUUUCAUGACCUUUGUGUUAGGGACAGGGAAAGGAAAUGUUGAAGAGGCAGAGAAACUGCUUAAACCUUACUUGGCUCGAUACCCAAAGGGAGCCAUAUUCCUGUUUUUUGCAGGCAGGAUAGAGACACUAAAGGGUAAUAUUGAUGAGGCAGUUAAUAGGUAUGAAGAAUGUUGUGAGGCUCAGCAAUACUGGAAGCAGUUUCACCACAUGUGUUACUGGGAGCUCAUGUGGUGCUUCACCUACAAGCGUCAGUGGAAGAUGGCUUUCUUCUAUGCAGAUCUGCUAAGCAAGGAAAACACUUGGUCAAAGGCUACUUAUAUUUACAUGAAAGCUGCUUAUCUCAGCAUGUUUGGACCAGAAGACUGCAGUCCUUUCGGUGACAGCGAAGUCGAAUUAUUCAGGAUUGUUCCCAGUUUGAAACUGAAGAUUGCAGGGAAAUCUCUUCCUACAGAAAAGUUUGCGAUUCGGAAAGCUCGACGGUAUCUUUCUUCAAACCCCGUUCCUUUGCCUGUUCCACCUCUGGAAAUGAUGUAUAUCUGGAAUGGCUAUGCUGUAAUUGGAAAAUGUCCCAAGUUAACAGAAGGCAUGUUAGAGACUUUAAAUGAAGCAGAAGAAGCAUUGGCAAAAAGUUCAGCUACAGAAUUGCUGGCAGAUGACCAGUGUGUGAUAAAACUGUUGAAGGGCUUAUGUCUCAAGCAUUUGGGCAAGAUCUCAGAAGCAGAAGACCAUUUCAGUUACAUCUGUUUAAAUGAGAAGAAGAUAAAAUAUGAUCAUUAUCUAAUUCCAAAUGCCAUGCUGGAGCUGGCAGUACUAUAUCUAGACCAUGACAGAAAAGAAGAAGCAAUAAAACUGCUGGAGAGAGCAAAGCAAAACUACAAGAAUUACUCCAUGGAAACAAGGACACAUUUCAGAAUCCAAGCUGCCCUGCACCAAGCCAAAUCUGCCCCAGAAAACGGAAUGCACUCUGGAGCCUCAGCGGUGUCGUAACUCUCUCUUCUUCAAUGGGUGUUGCAGACUGCGGUGCAGAAAAUCACUGACACUUUAGAAUGAUCUUUAUUCCUUCUCUUUUGAGUCAGUGAGAAACCAAAUCAGUUAAAAUUUUAAAGGUGGUGCAUAAGACAUGAUUCUAGUGUAGUAACAUGGCAAACCUCCCCCCUGCUCCCAGACAAACUAUAAUCCUGAGAAUAUUGUUUUGCCAGCAGUGGCUUUUUGAAUGCUUUACAUCUGUGUAACUCCUUUUUCAGUGGUGUCUGCCUUCUCCUUGUGUUUAUUAGACUUACUAAGCAAGCUACAACAUAAAGGGGAACAACUGAAAGCAGCUGAACAACAAAACUCAAAAGAGUCUCAGAUUUAGUCUUGGUUAGCUACAAGUAUUUGUUGGAAUUCAUCCUGCUAGCACCUGAGAAGGGAGCAUCACUUCUUCCAAGUACCUGCUUAGUUGGGCCAUUGAGAGGAAAUCUCCCUGCACAAGAAACACAGCAGGGAAGAGCUCAGAGUUUUGAGCAUUCCAAGUUGUGUACAGAAAGUUUCCUUUUUUUUUUUCCCCACCAGUCAAAUUUUUGCUGCUGUAAGAAACUUUGAGGUGAAAACAGUGGUCUCCCUUGUGCAAGUAUCUUCAGUUUCUCUUUAGUUUUGUUUUCAUGUCGAGUCUGCUGCUCGUAUUGUCUGAGUGAUUUACUAAGGAUUUGGGCAGGGGGGGAAGGUGGUGAAAGUACAAAACUGCAUCACUGCUGCUUUCAUGAGUUUAAAAAUGGGAGGCCCUUAGCAAACAGUUUUUUUCAUCAGAAUGAAUAUGAUCUGAGAUUUCUAUCAGAUUUUGAGCACAAGUCACUCAAACAGUGAUGUCGCACCGCUGCACAACAGUACAGGAGUUACUGUGACAGUCGAUUCUUUCUUAAAGUGAUUGCUCUUAGGUUUGCCUAACUUGAGUUGUCCAGGUUUAAGGGGACUCUGUGGCAGUGUUUCCUGUGUUAGGAAGCUGGGGUUGGAGCAAGCUCCUGUGGCACAAGUUUUCAUAAGAGAAGCCCUUUAUCUUUUUGCUCUGUAUUGAUUCUGGGGGAAGAAUUUCUAUGUGAAAGGGCUUUCAGCGUAGAGCCACUGCUUUCCAGUGCUGUCUGCCACAGGACAGCUGCUACUCUGCAGAGCUGGUGGUCAGACAUACUUGUCUCCUACUUGCUGUGUUCUCCAGCCUAGCUCCAGGUUUGUGUGCCUGCUGGUUUUUGAGGCACACUUCUACCUCCCUUUUGAAAGAGCUUCUUCCCUGUGAUCCAUUCCAAUACAUGGAGAUGGGAGGUCUUCUGACAGCCCUUUUUCUCCAAUGGAGAUGUUCUUCAGGAAGACUGCUAUCUGUGUACCUCACAGUGAAUACUCUUUCUGAAGUGAUUGUUCCCAACAGAAGGGAAGAGUGACAGUUCAUAGCUCUGCCUUUUACCUCCUCUAAGGAAACGGCACUGUUGUAUAAUUGGAAAUUAAUAUGCAAGGAGACAGAACUGCCUGUUCCUCAACACAGAGAACUUGCAUUGUCUUAAAAAUAGACACCCUUUCUAAAAGUCUUCCCAAGUUGGAACCACAGAUGAAAAAAUGCUUUUUUAUUUUUUUCAGGUGGCUUUCUCAAAUAAAUUCAGUUCAGAUAAAAUUAAGUAUAAACAGUUACACUUACUUAUACAUUGCACAUCAAAGCUCAAGUGUAAAAAUCCAGUCAUUCUUUGUACAGAAUAAAAAAAGAUUCUUGUUCUACUUCAUGCA